AUGUUCCGAGUGCUCCCCCAUCAUACCAAAAGCAUCCUUCUCCUCGCCAACUCGAUCGCAAUCUCCUCCAACCGUUCCUUUGCUUCCUCGAAGCUCCGCAUCAUGGUUCAUAUCUUCUUCGUCCUGAUACAGUCCUUGCUCCAAGAUCCUGUACUGAAAGAGGCAGCCGCCAUCGAUGAGGGCAAGGUCAAGAAGGCCCCGACUAGAUCGUCGCCCAACUUCGAGGGCAACCUCACCGACGAGGAGCAAAUCAUCAAGUACCUUGCCGGCUGUGGCAUAUGGACCCAAGGGAGACACUACGAGGCUGCCAUUGAGCUCGCGAAGUUGUGUGGAGUCAAGGGUGCACCGACACCGGACCCUUUUGCUGACUAA